AGUCACUGUAGAUAAUUUUGUAAAAAUAUUAAUAAAUAAACAAACAACAACAACAACAAAUAAAUAAAUAAUGUCUGUUACUAAUAAGUGUUUUGAUGUGGCAGUUAAUCAGAUUAUUUCAAUGAUUUCUAUCAGGAAAACCACAUUCUCUUUAAGUCAAAUUGAAAUGUGGCAUCUGAAUUCAAUGUUUAAAAAGAUAAAAAGAAAUGUAAACAUUAAAUGAACUCAAGCAUGAGCAGAUUACAUUGUUAAAAUCAAAUCCAAAAUUCACUUUGAAAAAUCAGCAUUCUUCUUCCUCUAUAACACAGAUCAGCGCAAUAAACUGGAACCUGAGGCUGGGAAAGUCCGUUUUCACGUGGAGCAAUAACACCUCAGGAUCAAAGACUCUCUGUCUGAAGCGUGUCUGAGUCGUUUUAUUGCCUCACAUCGACUUGUUGGUUUUGUCAGCACUACUGGACUUCUAAGCGGGUGUCAGGCACACUUUUAGUGGCCCGUGACAGUGUUUUCCCACAGCGGGAGAGGAAGGAAGCUCGUGUGCCGUAAAACCGCCGUCUCGACUUUAAAGCCCGCGGCUCGCGCUCGUCUCUGAUUGGCUGGCAGUGUGAAAUAACUCUUACCUCAGCUAUAAAUACAGCAAACCGCUCGACUUCAUCCGUAUAUCAUGAGGGGAGGGUUUUACACACUUUUUAAUUAAAUCAUCACAAAAUGGCACCGGUCAGUCAAUACCAAGGCCGUGAGAGCAUAUCUUGUCCUGAGAACCACAAAUUUCGAAAGAUUCUUGUGGAAAAAACGCGGAGAGACAGAAUCAGCAGCAGUAUCGAACAUCUGAGAGAGUUAUUUCACAAAACUACACCAAUGCCCGAGCGGCAGUUUGUUAGACUUGACAAAGCCGAUAUUCUGGAAAUGACCGUUGAUUUUUUAAAACAACGCGCCAAUUCCAGCUACGCGCGCGGAUUCUCGCAGUGCUUACAGGAGACGCUGCGUCACGUGUCUCUGCACGCACACCUGACGCCCGACGACAGAGAGGCGAUCAAACGAUUCUACGUGAUGCAAAGGACCAAUCAGAUGCACUUAAUGGCCUCCACAGCGCGUGGAUUGGUGCACAGAUCACCAAAACAAUCAUCGUCAAGAGUGCCAUUAUGGAGACCUUGGAAGAACAAUUAAUUUAGAGACUAUCUGCUUGACAUAAUGUUUGUUUAGGCAUAUUCACUUUGUUGCUUUUUAAUGUAACAUUUGCAUGUUGUUUUCGAUUUAAUCUAGUUAGAGAAUUGUCUACAGUGUAUGGCAAGCAUAACUUGACGAGAAAAUCAUUUCAUUUGAGUUUUAGUCUCAAAUCUAACCAUGCCUUUUGUAAAGGUGUUUUUGUUAUUUAAUCCAACUUGUUUUAACAUGUUGUAACCGUAUCACUUA